CACAACUUGCCUGCAGCAAACCCAGCAAUGAGUCACAACCAGGCAAGCUGUGAUGGGGUGCGAGUCAAGGCCCGAAGAGGUUAUUGUUGGAUUGGAGGGUGAUUCAUGUGCUUCUUUGUUGGAGGACAGCCAGUGAAGGGCGUCUGUUGAAGACAGGCAGGAGCCAGCGUCUGUAUUUGACACUGUUGUGUGGCCAUUCAGCUGUCGUGAAACAGGCGUCAGCCACGUCUUAUUUGCAUCUCCUGUAUCGUGCGCGUCUUGACUGUGACAGAACGGCGCGUUGGCCACGAUGAACGAAGAGAUGGAUGACGUGGAGGCCCUGUUCACAGCAUCCACCAUGUACAAGGAGCUGGAUCAGACCCUGCAGGCGCUUGACGCGUUUGCAGGGCACAUGGAGCGCACGGGGGAGUCACUGGAGAGCAGGCUCACAGACAUGCUGGCAUCCUUGCGCAGCGCGAGAACCGGCGCCCAGGAGGAAGAAGCGGAGGAAGACGGCGAAGAGGGACACCCACAGGCAGACAGCAUGCAACAGGCAGUGGCGUCAGCCGUGCAAGUCACAGAAGAGACUGCAGAUCAGGGUGCACACAUCUUUCAGCGAAUGGCAGCCGUAAUGGCCGAGCAAACCAUCCACACAUCCGCCACUUCAGCAAACCCUCCGCAGCCACUGACACUGGACGAGCUGCACGAGCGCAUGCGGGAAGCAGGCAUCAGCACUGAGUCACAAAAUGAGCAGGCAGCCAGUGAACAGCCGCAGCAGGAGGAGGCGGCGGGUGAACAAGACCAGGCGCUUCACCAAUAAAUGCAUGUGCUCUUAUAGUUACACGGCUUAGCGUACCACUGAGGGUGUUGCAUUGUGAAUGAAAUGUGUGCUGAUCAUGAAGGGGCGGCAUUAAGUGCAUGCUUGCUCAUGCACACAUGUAUCUGUGUCCAUAUGUUGUGGUUUGGGAUGUACUCGACAAUACAAGCGAGCUAUUCGCUCACGUCUGCACACAAAACUCGAAAGCUCGAACACACACAGAUGCACCUAGACAGGCAGACAGG